AUUGUGUAAAAAUAGGUUUGCCAAAUAAUUUAAAAGCUGCCUUGAUUGCAUUUUCACCUUGCAAACGAGAACAGGAAAUCGGAAAUCGGAGCAGGGAUUUUUCAUAACCAUGGCAACCUUUCACAUUGUCAUGUAUCCAUGGUUUGCAAUGGGCCACAUUACCCCAUAUCUUAACUUCGCCAACAAACUUGCAGAAAGAGGCCACAAAAUCUCGUUUCUCUUACCGGCCAAAACCAAGCAAAAGUUUGAACCCUUCAAUCUCCACCCAGGCCUCAUUAACUUGAUUCCGAUCACCGUUCCUCACGUUGAUGGCCUCCCUUCCGGCACAGAGACAACGACUGACGUCCCACCUCCUCUGCAUCCCCUCGUCAUGACUGCCAUGGACCUCACAGAACCAACCAUUGAAGCUUCCCUUCGUGAACUCCAACCCCAGUUCGUCUUCUUUGAUUUCUGCCACUGGUUACCAGAGUUAUCACGAAAGCUUGGUAUCAAGUCCGUACAUUAUUGUGUCAUCAGUCCUGCAACUAUUGGGUACCUUUUGAGUCCAGAAAGGAAGUUUCUGGAAAAGGGUUUGACGGCUGAGGAUCUCAUGCAGCUGCCGGAAAGUUUUGCUUCUUCAACGAUCAAGCUACAUUCUAACGAAGCCCGAGUACUGGCUGCCAUCAAUGUUGGUGAAUUCGGCAGUGGAGUUUCAUUCAUGAAACGCCAAUCCAUCUCCCUUAACGAAUGCGAUGCUAUUGCUGUCAGAACAUGUAAGGAGAUUGAAGGGCCUUAUUGUGAUUAUCUCGAGAACCAAUUUAAACGGCCGGUGAUUCUCUCCGGACCGUCAAUCCCAGAAAGAUCAUCUCUGGCAUUGGACGAAAAAUGGGAAACUUUAUUGAGCGGCUUCGGGGCCAAAUCUGUCAUAUACUGUGCAUUUGGGAGCGAAUGUGUUCUCAAAAAGGAACAAUUUCAAGAACUGGUGUUGGGUUUUGAACUUACCGGAUUACCAUUCCUAGCCGCCUUGAAACCGCCAAUGGGAUUCCAAGAUGUUGGGUCUGCAUUGCCGGGGGGAUUCGAGGACAGAGUCAAAGGAAGAGGGUUUGUUCAUGGUGGGUGGGUGCAACAACAACUGAUCUUGAAACACCCUUCUGUGGGAUGUUUCGUGACACAUUGUGGGUCAGGGUCGUUAUUGGAAGCUAUGGUGAAUGAAUGUCAAUUGGUGCUGCUACCCCACGUCGGAGAUCAGAUUAUCAAUGCAAGAAUGAUGGGCGGAGAUAUGAGAGUGGGAGUGGAGGUGCAGAAAGGAGAAGAUGGGUUUUUCACGAGGGAGAAUGUGUGCAAGGCGGUGAUGGCUGUAAUGGAUGCAGAGAGUAAAUUGGGGAAGGAAGUGAAGACCAACCAUGAUAAGUGGAGGGAAUUCUUAUUAAGCAAAGGACUUUUGAGAACUCAUACAUUGAUAAUUUCGUUGAGAAGCUUCAUGGACUUCUAUGAUUUUUCGACUUAAAUUUGGAGAUAAAUUAAUAUGUUAUUUGUUCUUUGUAUUACUUAUUUAUUUAUAGAAUAUGAUAAAUGAUUUUGAUUGAU